AUGAAGACUGCUCUCGGGAUCACCACCCUGUUCCUUGCAAGCUGUCCCUUGACUCUUGCGGGUACUCUUCUGCCAGGUCAUGUCUCCCCCGAGGCGAGAUCUACCUCGCACAAGACUGCUAUCAAUACCACAAUGGCUACAAUUCUAGGCGACGAGUCCUUCAACUUUAACCUCCUAAACUACAUGAGCGGCGCCGCUUACCAGGGCGCUGACAUUGGAGAAGUCCUCGUCGCCGCCAGUAACAUCAAGGACGGAGACUUUGAGAGCUUUUACAAGGCAUUCAACGGACUUGCCGAUCGCGUGCACAAGCAGGCCAUCGCCAUCAACGCCAUCAAGCAUCCUGUCUCUGCGCGAAAUGCGUUCUUCAGGUCGUCCACCUACUAUCGCGCCGCCGACACCUAUCUCCAUGGAAACUGGAGUGAUCCCAGAAUCAUCGACCUUUGGAAGAAGCAAGCCGCGAAUUUUAACAAGGCCAUCAAGCUACUGCCCCAGCCUGGCAAGCGGAUUGAGAUCCAUGCGGAUAACUUUACAGUUCCUGCUAUCUUCUUCAAGACAGAUAAACCAGGAAGGCGCCCGACUGUCAUUCUCGGACAGGGUUAUGAUGGUGCUAUGGAGGAUUUAUACCAUGUCAUGGGCGAGGCUCUGAACCAGCGCGGCAUGAACGCCAUUGUGUAUGAGGGCCCCGGUCAGCCCACUGUGCGCCGGUUCCAGGACCUUGGCUUCAUUCCUGAGUGGGAACGAGUCAUCACCCCCAUUGUCGAUUAUCUCCACACCCGCAACGAUGUAGAUUGCAGCAGAAUUGCCUUAAUGGGUUACUCCUUCGGUGGCCUCCUCGCCCCCAGAGCCGCCGCCUUCGAACACCGCCUCGCCGCCAUCAUGGCUAUCGACGGACUAUACGACUUUAGCGAGUCCGUGCUGAAGCAGCUUGGUCCCGAAGGAACCAAAGCCGUACAAUCAGGCAACAAGACGCUCGUCGACCAGAUGGGCAAGGAGAUCGAAUCCAACCCUGAUAGUCCAACCUCGCUGCGUUGGGGCCUUGCACAGGGCCAAUGGACCUUCAAGACAGAUUCUGCGUACGACUUUCUGAAGAACACAGAGGAGUACUCGCUGAAGGGGGUUGUUGAGAAAAUCAAGGCACCUGUCUUUGUUGGCGAUGCCCAGAAUGAUAUGUUUUUCAUGGGGCAGGCUGAGAAAUUGGCGAAGAAGCUUGGAAAGCUUGCCACUUACCAUCUCUUUGAGAAUGUACUGGGCGCCGGUGAGCAUUGUCAGAUUGGGGCUCCAGUCCUGAUGAACCAGGUUUCUCUCGAUUGGUUGGAGGACGUCUUUUCGAAGAUCCAGUAA